CAAGUGACGACGGUAACUGCUAAUAACUCAUCUUCUCGUUCCGUGCCUCGAUUUCCUUCUCCACAUUCUCCAAUACCACGACACCGCAUCUUCGACCGUCGCCAGUGCAUAACAUUCCACCAGUCUGCGAGCCCCGACGACGACGACGACAACGACCGACUGUCGAUUUUCACCGGCCGUCGGCUCACCGUCAGUCAGCUCCGGCUUCACGGCGAUUGGAGGAACCUGUCCUUGUCGCAAUCUCUCUCUCUCUCUCUCUCUCUGUCUCCCUCCCGCACGGGCUGUCGAACCAAGAUCUCCCCGAGGGCCGCCCCAGACUGCAACGACGAGGGCGCCGAUUUACGAGGACGGACAAAUGCACGCCACCCGCACGUGCCAUCGAACGAAUCCCAGCGAGGCCGGCCAAUAUAUGCUCUACUAAGCCCCUUACCGUGCCAUCACGUACAUGCAACCUGCGACUCGUCCGCGCCGACCUGUCGACCUGCUUCCAGUAUAUACCGCCGCCUCGCCGCCACGGACGCCUGGUCCAGCCAUAUUGCGCCGGUACCCGACGUCGCACAACUUCAUGCUCGCUACUCAGAAACGCAGCUGAACCCUCAGCGGCCAUCAGUCCCUACUUGUCUGCCGCGCCGGCUGCGGCUUGUCCUGCGCAGCACAACCUGGCCGCGAGUCCUGGCCCCUUUUCACUGCCCCUCCGCGACCGACGCACGGCUCAUCGAUUCAGCUCUCCGAUAGGCCGACGCGACGACUCGAAAGGAGACAUCCAUCGGGGUAAUGCGACAUCAAGGAGUUGGUGUUGAGAGAACUGAGAGGCUACCUUGCCUGCAUGCAAAGUCUAUACCUCCUCCAACUUGUCAUUUGGCCACCCCGUUGCCACAUGCCCAUGACCUAAAGUCUUUGAGGCGGCAUUAUCCCGGACUCGACACGUUUUUCGUCAUCUCACAUCCGUCACCUCGAUCGCGACACCACGGCUGCUUUGUUUCGCAGUCAGUUCAUGUGUCCUCCCACUCGGGAGAGGACAUAGACUUGCCCCGGCCUACCCCUUUCGCACCGAGGCGACAUGGUCUCUGACAGCUUCCUGCCGUCCGGUGCGAUUGGCGACACCCUUGCGCCUGCGUCACCCAAUCACUCAGAGACCACGCUCAGCUUGACCGCUAGUCCAGGCCUGGGAUGCUCAGCUUUUGGUCAUGUCGGCGGGAAGCAGCAAUCCCCCGAUUCCGGCAGCAUGUCCGCAGCCUCUUCGGUGGCAGGCGCCAUCCCUGAGAUGCGCAAUGACACAAUCACGGCUUCACCGCGUCUAGACAGAGGUUUUUCGCCUCUGAGCGCCACCGGCUGGUCAUCUUCGGAGAAUACUUCCACGCCCGGCGACACACUAGGCGCUGCGACACAGAAAUUCGUUCCCGACGGGCAUUCUACGUUGUAUUCUCGUGCCCCCGCCGAGUUGGGCCGUGGGGUUGCCUUGCAGCGAAGUCAAUUCAGCGGUGCAGACAACGUACCAUCGCAUAACCCCAACUUUGGUCCCUCGAAUACAAACGUUUCGGGCACAGCUAGAGCGGAAAGCUCUUUGCAUACUUUGACGUCUUUGGGCCUAGGCCUCAACGUUCAGGGCUUACACGACAACUCCACCCCUCCCUACCCUGGUCACUCGGGAAGCAUAUUGCCCUGGCUGCCUUUGGUAAACUCGGUACCGAGCGUCGGGACCGGACCUUCGCCCCUUUCUCCGCCUCUGCCUCCAUUACAGCGGUCCGUCUCCACCGAUGCUACAGCACCCCAGCACGAGCUUCUUGACGCCAUCCAUUUGCUCCGACAGCAGCUUUCAUUUCUCAUCCAGGCUUGGAUGGCCGACCGCGAGCGGCUGGAACCCGAAAGGCAACAAGCCGAUGCCAACCUCGUGCGUCUACAAGCAGCCAUGGACAACGCCCGCCAACAGUGGUCCAACGAGAAGGAUUCUAUGGAGCAGCAGUUGGACGCCCUCCGCGCCCAGGUUCUUGUCCUGCAGGAGGAGAAUGCAGCGUUCAGGUCAGCCCAGUCGGCCCGCGAGGCCCUGGACCGUGGCCCCCGACAGGCUGUGGGCCAGCCUCGCAACAUGGUGGAAGGUAUCGCGGGUGAUUCGACGUCGUCAUCGGACCCCUCGACGUCUAUCCUGUCGCCAAACCCAUCUCUUCAGAGCGCCAGCUCGAGAGCAGAUAUCUUGUCAUUACCCCCGGGCCUCGAUGGAGCAUCAAGAAGACCUCAUUUUCUCAGCCAGGGCAGUGCUCGCACAUCCCCUAUCGGACAUCCGGUACCUAUGCAGGUCGCUGCACUCGACCCCCGGAUUCUACCGCAGAAAUCCCCGGAGAAGGAUUUCCUUGCAUCACCCUCCCCUGAGGACAAGCUUCUCACGGUCAUUGACGUCCACGAGAUUGACCCCAAACUCGAGGGCAUACCCAUCAAAGCGAAUGCGCUCAAGCGUGCCACAUUUUCACCGCCAAGAGUCCAACUCCAGCCGAGCCCUUCUACUCGUAGGCUUGGCCAGAGCCGCGAGGCGAUGUCCAGGAGACGGGAUUCACGCACUAGGCGGUGGUCUCCACAUAAUCUGUCCAUCGAUCGAGGUAGAACUCCUCGGUUGAAUCGCACCACCGCCAGAGACCAAACGAUGCAAGUCCUAGCCGCCGAAGAGUCACGACGUUUGACAAUGCACGCCGGUCACACGCCUAAUCACUCUUUGUCCCUGCUUCCUACUAUGACAGCGACAGGGGGGCGAUCCACCACUGAGCAAAGUCGUGGCGGGACACCGUCGGCGGAGUCUGGUGUAGCAGCACAGCAGGCCGACGACGUCAGCGCCCGUCUCCACACCGACGAUCCGGGCUUGAACAAGGCGCCUCGCCAGCCGCAUCACAACACUGAGGGUGACGAAGCCGAAGCCGAUACCGAUGGUCAUCUACAACCGAGUGAUGACAUGCCUCUCAAAGGGCCCCUCAUGUUGAAGAAUCUGCCGGCACAGGACGACCUGUUCUUCGAGCAACUUAACAAAAAGCUGGAAUCUGUCAGCCGCGGGCAGCAUGCUUUACCAAGUGUUCUCCAGUCAGAGGACGAGGACGAAGACGCACCCACUGGACUGUUCGAGGUUUCUGACCUCUCGGAGCAGAGAUCGACGCAAGUAGCCCAGACCGGUGGCGAUGUCCCGCAUGCUGUUCAGGCUGUCGGUGGUUUUGAUGGAGAAGACGACACGGAGGAUGGCCAAAACCUCGAGCCCGAGGUACCCCUCAAGUUCAAGAGCACCAGCAAUUUUGGCAAGCCCUUUGGCUCUUCAUGAGAGCCGCAGCGGCUCGGUAGUGGCGAAGUUGUGUUGGGCGGCAGCGGCGGUGGACCCAUGGUGUGGUCACCUACCUACCCAGCACGAGGAGGGGUCUACUUCUACUAUUCUUCCCUUUGUUCAACGACUAUUUUCUUGGAGCUAGGCUGGCAGACAGACGCUGGAGAGCGAUCGAUACCACGCGCCGCCUCUGCCAAGGCACGCCGCGCCCUGGCUCUGGUCCUUUUUUCCCCUUGCAUCAUCAGACAUUAUUAGCAUCUGGGAGGAGCCUUCAUGCAUUAGAUACGAAGCGACGCCUUUUUCUUCUUCUUUUUUUUUCUGAUACCACCUACUACCACGUCUUGGAAUACAAGAACAUUACUCAUAGAUCACUCAUGGGC